AUGACUGGAAGCAAAAGUUCGCGACAUGUUGCGUAUGAGCAAGUAAAGGCUAUGAUAGAUUUUAUGGGACAAAACAUAGAGUUUGCUACAGGCAGCCUGCGAAAUUUGGAGGCCCGUCAGACCUCCAAGAGGCUAUGGGGAGAACUGACCAAGAUCCUAAAUGACUGUAGAGGUGGAACAAAGAAAUCUGCAGAUGGAUGGAGUAAGUAUUGGAGUGACUUCAAAAAUAAAUUAAAGAACAAGGCAAAAUUAAUAAAAAGACAAAAACGUGGAGCUCCAUUAAAGAAAACAGUCCGUCCCCUAACUAAACUAGAGAAGAGAUCUCUUGUUAUAUUAGGUCCAUACUUUGAGAAGAAGCUAUUUAACUCUGAAACGUAUCAAAACCCACUUUCAGAUGUUAUACCACCAGAAGUUAAAUUGGAAACAUAUCAGGAGAGUAAUGACUUUUCAAAUUCACAAGUGGAUGCCCAUGACAGGUUAUCAGGUGUUGAAGGGGACAGCACUGAAAGUGCAGAAUCCAGUGAAGGUGAUUGCCAAGAUGAUAAUGACUUUAAUUCAAAUGAUCCUCUUAUUCACAACUUAUACCCAAAAUGGCUGAUUGAGGUAGAAAAAAGGCGUGCAGAAGCUGAACUCCUCCGUGCAAAAGCAGAGGACAAGCGUGCUAGUGCAUCUGUUAAAAGUGCAGAAGCAGCACUGCUACAAGCAGAGGCAAUGAGAAAACUUGCUGAGGCUGCUGUGUCUCAAUCAGCAGCGAUUGCUCGGAUAGCUGCUAUUAUAGAAAGUCGCAGUCAAGUGCAGGAUCUUGGAUCUGUGUCCUCCACUGUAUCAUUGCCAGGAUUAUCAAUAUGA